AGCUCAAGAACAUUUGAGUCAUACGUGACUAGGUCCGAUACACAAUUUACGAUACAAAAUGUUUCAUUAACUAAGGUAUAUAAGUUGCUCUCUACAAUUAAAACAUCCAAAUCAGCAGGGCAUGAUAGAAUACCCGGUAAACUUCUAAGAGACGCUGCUGAAGUAAUAGCACCAUCCCUGUUAGCAAUCUUUAACGCAUCUAUAAACACUGGUAUAUUUCCUGAAGACUUCAAGAUUGCUAUCAUUUCUCCAAUUCAUAAGGCUGGAAGCAAAACUAAUUGCGAUAAUUAUAGACCAAUCUUGGUUCUAUCCUCAGUUGCUAAAAUAUAUGAGAAAUUAGUUACAGAGCAACUAGAAAUUUAACUUGAAACUAAUCACAUUCUUGCAGAACAACAAGCAGGAUUUAGGAAAAAUCACUCUACACAAACUUCUCUACUUAACAUCACGAACCAAUGGCUAAUAAAUAUGGAUAAGGGUUUGUUAAAUGGAGUGAUUUUUUUGGAUCUCAAGAAAGCGUUUGACUGUAUUGAUCAUAAUAUAUUGUUAAAAAAAAUGCAUUGUUAUGGAAUAAGAGGUCAUACGCUUGCUUGGUUCCAGUCCUAUCUUUCUAGCAGGAUUCAAAUAUGUAAGGUAGAUCAAACAAUGUCCAAGACAAGAACAGUUAAAUGUGGAAUACCCCAAGGUUCUAAUCUUGGGCCAUUUCAUUUCUUAUUAUACAUAAACGACCUGCCAAACUGCCUGACCUCAUCUUCAGCAAGCAUGUUUGCCGAUGACACAAAUGUUUCAACCAAUGGCAAAACAAAUGACGAACUACAAGAACGCAUUAACGUGGACUUAGAAAAUAUACACCAAUGGUUACUUGCAAACAAACUUACACUUAACAAAUAUAAAACUGAAUACAUGAUUAUUGGUUCAAGACAACGAAUUUCAAACUUAGUACUGACGGACCCUAAAAUUGAGCUUG